CAGACCAAACGCACUCGGGAAGUGGAUGAAUGUUUCCGCAUGCUCUACGAGACCUCACCAUUUCAUCAAGUUCUUCUCGGCUAAAUAAUUAGCUACAGGGAAUCAGUUCAAGAUCCACCUCUAGCCUACCAUGUCUGAACCGGGUUCUGGUUGUGGUGUUCCAGCCCAGAGAAGCCCACAGCGGGCUCCAGAGAUGCUAUCAGUGAAGCUGGGUGACUGCAAUCAAACAGUGGAACUCAAUGUGAUUGUCAAAGAGGAGGAGGAGGAGAGAGAAAUCAAUGAGGGGGAGGAGGAAGAGAGAGAGGAGGACAGGGACUCUGUUGACUCAGCAGAGAGCCCCAACCCAGACUCAGUCAACAAGCCCAGUUCCACAGCAUCAAUACUACCUGGUUGUGGGAGUUACCCAUGUCCUCAAUGUGGAAAGUGUUUCAGUUCCUCAACUUUUCUAAAGAAUCAUCAGAGAGUACACACUGGAGAGAAACCUUUUGACUGCUCCGCAUGUGGGAAAAGUUUCAGUGAGAAAGUAAACCUUAAGAGACAUGAGAGAGUACAUAGUGGAGAGAAGCCUUACCACGGCACCACAUGUGGGAAGAGCUUCAAUCAUUCAGGAAGCCUUAAGGAACAUCAGCGACUACAUACAUGGGAGAAACCUUACCAUUGCUCUCUUUGUGGGAAGUGUUUCAGACGAGCAGGAGACCUGAAAACUCAUAAGAAAUCACACACUGGAAAGAAGCCUACCUGUACUUUCAAUGUGAUUGUCAAAGAGGAGGAAGAGGAUGAGAAGGAAAUCGAAAAGGAAAAGAGGGAAGAGGAGGAAAAUAGUGUUGUAGUUGACCCACGUUCAUCAAGACUACCUGGUCGUGGGAGUUACCCCUGCCCUCAAUGUGGAAAGAGUUUCAGUUCCUCAGGUAAUCUAAAGAAUCAUCAGUGUGAACACACUCAAGAGAAACCAUUCCACAGUGCCACAUGUGGGAAGAGUUUCAGUGUAAAAGUCAACCUCACGAGGCAUGAGAUGGUACAUAGUGGAGGGAAGCCUUACCACUGCACCAAAUGUGGGAAGAGCUUCGAUCAUUCUGGAAGCAUUACACAUAAAAGAGUACAUACAGGGGAGAAGCCUUGCCACUGCUCUCUGUGUGGGGAGGGAUUCACUCAGCUAAGAAGUCUUAAAAGUCAUGAGAGAAUAUCCAUUGGAGGGAAGCCUGCCUGUGCUUUCAAUGUAAUUGUCCAAGAGGAGGAGGGAGAAAAGAUGGAUGUUGAGGAUACGGAGGACAAUAGUGGUGUAGUUGACAGUGCACGUCAGAGCAAAAAACGAGGCGUAAGGUCGAAGGAAUUGUCCAUAGAGCUCCGAGACAGGAUUGUGUCGAGGCACAGAUCUGGUUAA